GCCUGGCAAUAUUAAUCAACAAAUAUCAUUCACACUUAAACAAAGCUCAAAUGUCGGAAUUGAUUAGUAAAUCAGAUUUUAUAAGGGCCAAUGUGUCCAAUUCGAACAACGAUGCGGUGGCCUUUGAGAUGAAGUUUGCCAAGGACCUGAAAGUGUCCCAACUCAAGAACAAAUUGGAGAUACUAACCGGCGGUUCAGCUGCAACCAUGAGAGUGGAAUUAUAUGAAGGAAAGAAUCGGCUGGCAACAUUGGAUAAUGACGAUGCGCAGCUUGGAUUCUACAUCAAUUCCGAUGGAUUGCGCCUGCAUGUGAUCGAUAGUUUCCUUACCUUAAGCUUUGAUAAUAACACAGUGGAGAAAUUCGAACUUACUAAUGAUCAGUAUGAGCAGAGAAAAGAUUCUGUGCGUUAUUAUCUUAAACAGAAUCGCCUAGGCAAAUUCAAUGAGGAGGAGAUGCGUCAAAUGGAGGAGAAACGCCGCGAGCAUGCGGAUGAAUUGCAACGACGAGCCGAGCUUUGCGUGGUUAAUGCACGCUGCGAGGUCUCAGUGCCGGGAAAUCCACGACGUCGUGGCACAAUCAGAUACAAUGGCAGCCUGGAUGGCAAAUCUGGAAUCUUUAUUGGUGUUGAGUACGAUGAACCAUUGGGCAAGAAUAAUGGAAGUGUUAACGGCAAAGUAUAUUUCAAAUGUGGUCCCAACUAUGGAGGAUUUGUCUCACCAUUGUCAGUCGAAGUGGGUGAUUUUCCUUCAGAAGAUGUUAAUCUUGAUGAUGAGCUUUAGAUCUUUUUUGAGUUAAUUCCCACAUUGCAUUUAUUUGGCACAGCACAAAAGAAAAACUCGUUUUCCCUAAAUGCGAAUAACAAAAUUUUAUCAUGUAGUUAUGCCAUUUUUAUUUAUUAAUUAAAACAUCUAUGUAUGUAUAUCAGAUAUUCUUACAACAUGUUUUUUUUUUUCAACUUUCCAUACUUUUUUGUGUGUGUUUAUCGUAUUUCUGAUUUAUAGAUAAUUUAUAAUGAAUAAUAAUGGUGUUUUAAAUAAUG